AUGUCUGAUCCACCCGAAGCACCAGACUCAUGGAUCACCGUGGAAUACCUAGGUAGAAUCGCCAUUCUCACCAUCAACCGCCCCCAAAAGCUCGGAGCUCUAACAAAAGACGGGUUCUACCUCUUGACCCAGCGGCUGCGAGAAAUAGACACACACGACGAAGUCUUCAUCACCAUUCUCACAGGAACGGGCAGAUUCUUCAGCGCUGGAGUAGACAUCUCAACCAGCAAUGCCAUCGAUCCCGGCACAGACAUCUGGCGCGAAUCCCUCAGGGAAACGGUAUCCUACACCCUCAACUCUACCGAAGCUUUUUAUACGCAUUCGAAAAUUCUUGUGACGGCGCUGAAUGGCCCUGUUGUAGGCAUCGCAGCGGCACUGGUUUCGUUUUCUGAUUUCAUCUUUUGCGCUCCCCACGCCUACCUCCUCACACCUUUUACGAGCCUCGGGCUCAUCGCUGAAGGCGGUGCUUCAGUGGGGUUUGUGAGGCGGAUGGGGGUGAGUAAGGCGACAGAGGCGCUUCUUACGAGUCGAAAGAUUUUGGCGGAUGAUCUUGUUGCGUGUGGGUUUGUCAACAAAGUCUUUGAGGAUUGCGCUGAGGGCGAGGAUGAGAAGCUCAGGGAGCGAGUGAUUGCGCAUGUUGAUGAUACCCUAGGUCCGCAUCUGGUGGGCUCGAGUUUGCUUGAGACGAAGAAGCUUCUCAUGCUGUCGAUGAAGCAGCAGGUUGAUCAGAGUGUGGUGGCUGAGUUGAUGGGGGGGUUGAAAAGACAGGCGUUGGGGAUUCCGCAGAGGGAGUUUGAGAAGAUUAGGACGGGGGAGAAGAGACAUAAGUUGUAA